AUCAUAUAAAUUAUUGUGUAUAUUAUUAAUAGGUUUAAAUUUGAUAUGAUUUUCACUAAAUCAUCUAUACAUAAGAAAUAAAUUGAAUUAAUUCAUAUAAUCUUCUAGUGUUUGAUUAUAAGUUUUUCUGUUUCCCGUGUACAGAUAUCAAUUAAAUUUAUUACAUAAAUAUUAUAAUUCUCUUGGUUUUUCUGAUUAAACGUAGUCUAAAAAUUUUCUUCCACUGGCUGGGGAUGUCACGCUAUUAGUAAAAAAUUGAAUAUAAAACAGAAGAAGUAAAUUGUGGAUGAAUUUGUUUAAGUUUUUUACUUUUUUUAUUUAAAUAAAAACUUUUUAAAAUAGACUUAUUAUGUGCUCUCAUAGAUAUUUUUUAUAUUUUGCUUACAUUGGAAAAUCAUUUCGAGGGUCUCAACGACAAAUAAAUAGAAAUUUAUCCAAAAUUGAUGAUCCUUUAUCCAUCCAAGGUAGAUUAGAGAUGGGUUUAAAAUUACUUAAUCCAACAAAUGAACCUAUAGUAAUCAUGUCUUCCAGGACUGAUGCAGGCGUUAACGCGUUUGGUAGUACAUGUCACGUAGAUUUAAUUAGAAACAAUGAAAUAGGCUUUGACCCUCCAACAAUAACGUUAUGUUUAAAUAAAUAUUUUGAAAGAGAGGAUGUUCCUAUUCGAAUCCUGAAGACAUAUAACGUACCGGAAACGUUUCAUUGUCGUUACAAUGCAUUAUCUAGGACAUACUUGUACAGAUUAAUGAUUGCUCCUGCAAAUGCUGAAAAUCUGAAUAUCCAUUAUCGUUAUAUCCCUAUUGAAGAGUGGAGAAGAUGUUUAUUUUUCUGCACUGACACUUUUGAUAUUGAAAAAAUGAGAGAAGGAGCCAAAUUAUUUGAAGGUUAUCAUGACUUUAGAACUUUUAUGGGAAAAAACAAACAACCGGGUUAUAAAUUGACUAGAAGAGAAGUAGAAUAUAUAACAAUUAAAAAAAUUGAAAGGCCUGGUUAUAGCUCCUACAGUUGGCCACCAUUUACUAAAACAGAAGAUUAUUUAUUUUUAGAUGUGUAUAUGAAAUCUAAAGGCUUUUUAUAUAGACAAGUUCGAAGGACAGUUGCUGCACUGAUCGCUUUGGCACGAAGUAAAAUUGAAGUUAGGGACAUAAAAUUGAUGCUAGAGGUGCCGUCUCGUUAUUCUUGGUAUCCUCAGAUAAAAAUUUUGCCUGCUUACGGUCUGUAUCUUUGUGAAGUUGAAUACGGGAAGGACGAUCUGGAUACAUUUAGGACCGAGCUGCCGUUAAGUACAUAG